GCCCCAACAGUGGGGCACAUUUUCCAUAUGUCGGACCUCUCUGGGUUCUGCCCUCUCACAGCAUUCUCCAAGUCCACGGGAAAGGCUGAGGUUUUCGCAUUUCUGUCUGUGGUCCGGGAAGAGGCACAGGAUCUGAGGGCUCCCUCCAGUCCAGUGAAAUACACACUCGCUUCACACGGAGACCGGAGUUGGAAGCGACCGUUGUGAAACGUUAAAGAUUUUCUGGCAGUGGGAAAGGGAUUUUUUUCCCUUCCUCCCUCCCUGCCGAGGAAAAACAGUUCUAAGAAGAGAGUCACUUUGUAGUUGUAACUCCCAUUCAAAGACUCUGAGCCGGAGAAGCGGCGGAUUCCCCUGCCUCUUGUGCGCGGUCUGUGGGAGACUGUAGCUGGCCCUCACUGCCCGCUUGCUCAUGAGUUUGCCGAGGACCAUCUUCCCCAGGAGGGAGGCCGGGUCGCAUGCAGUGGCUGCUAAGCCCAGUUCAGCUGCCACUCACCGGCCACGGCUUGGAGAACAGGAGAGGAAGAAGCGUGGCCUUACUUCCUCUCUAAGGAUGGAGCCCCACGGCCAUGCCGGAAAGAGCCGGAAAUCCACAAAAUUUCGCUCCAUUUCCCGUUCUCUGAUCCUCUGUAAUGCCAAGACCAGUGAUGACAGCUCUAGCCCUGAUGAGAAGUACCCAGACCCUUUUGAGUCGUCGCUGUGCCAGGGCAAGGAGGGUUUCCUUCAUUCCUCCAUGCAGUUGGCAGACACAUCGGAGGCUGGGCUCAGCAACAUUCCAGAUCUGGCACUGGCCUCGGAGGAGGCUGCUCAACUCCAAGCAGCUGGGAGUGAUCGAGGCAAACACUGCAGGAAAAUAUUCUUCAUGAAGGAACCUUCUACAACUUCCUCUAGAGAAAAGACUGGAAAACCAGAAGCACAAAGUAGCAACUUCCUGUUCCCUAAAGUCUGCCAUCAGAGGACACGAAGCAACUCCACCAGUGUUAAUCCCUAUUGCAUGGGAGAAACCGAUUUUCCAAUGACCAAGAAAUCUGCAUCUCCUACUGACAGGCAGCCAUACUCUCUCUGUAGCAACAGGAAGUCUCUCUCUCAACAACUGGACUACCCAGUUUCGGGGACUGCAAGACCCACUCGGUCACUGAGCACAGCUCAGCUCGGGCAGCUGUCUGGGGGUCUGCAGGCUUCAGUCAUCUCCAACAUUGUGCUGAUGAAGGGCCAAGCAAAGGGCCUGGGCUUCAGCAUUGUUGGAGGAAAGGACAGCAUUUAUGGCCCCAUUGGGAUUUACGUGAAGAGCAUCUUCGCAGGAGGUGCAGCUGCGGCUGAUGGACGGUUACAGGAAGGUGAUGAAAUUCUGGAACUCAAUGGUGAAUCAAUGGCUGGCCUAACACAUCAGGAUGCCUUGCAGAAGUUCAAGCAAGCCAAGAAGGGGCUUCUGACCCUGACAGUGAGGACCCGCCUGACAGCACCCCCAUCGCUGUGCAGCCACCUGUCACCCCCUCUGUGUCGCUCCCUGAGCUCCAGCACAUGUGGUGCCCAGGACAGCAGCCCCUUCUCCUUGGAAAGCCCAGCGUCCCCCGCCAGCACUGCCAAGCCCAACUACAGAAUCAUGGUGGAGGUGUCCCUGAAGAAAGAGGCUGGCGUUGGCCUGGGGAUUGGCCUGUGCAGCGUCCCCUACUUCCAGUGCAUCUCGGGCAUCUUCGUUCACACGCUGUCACCUGGAUCCGUGGCACAUCUGGAUGGACGGCUGCGGUGUGGUGAUGAGAUCGUGGAAAUCAAUGAUUCUCCAGUGCACUGCAUGACCCUCAAUGAAGUCUACACAAUCCUGAGCCACUGUGACCCUGGCCCCGUUCCCAUCAUCGUUAGCCGACAUCCAGACCCACAGGUGUCUGAGCAGCAACUCAAGGAAGCUGUCGCUCAGUCUGUAGAAGGCAUCAAAUUUGGAAAGGAGAGGCACCAGUGGAGCUUGGAAGGUGUCAAAAGACUGGAGAGCAGCUGGCAUGGGCGGCCCACCUUGGAGAAGGAACGUGAGAAGCACUCAGCACCCCCGCAUCGAAGGGCCCAGAAGAUCAUGGUCCGCUCCAGCAGCGACAGCAGCUACAUGUCUGGGUCACCAGGGGGAAGCCCCUGCAGUGCAGGUGCGGAGCCACAGCCUUCUGAGAGGGAAGGCUGCACACACAGCCCCAGCCUGUCCCCAGGGCAGGAACAAGAGCCCUGCCCCGGGGUUCCAUCCAGGCCUCUUCAGGAGAGCCCGCCCCUUCCCGAGAGCCUGGAGAGAGACAGCCACCCACCACUGAGACUGAAGAAAUCUUUUGAGAUUUUGGUGAGAAAGCCGACAUCCUCCAAACCCAAGCCUCCACCCAGAAAAUACUUUAAAAAUGACAGCGAGCCUCAGAAGAAACUGGAAGAGAAGGUCACAGACCCUUCUGGGCACCCCUUGCCCGCAUGCGGCCAGCUCGAGGCUACCGUUUUGACACGGUCUGGCUUCCUGUUUACACCACAGGAAACCAGAGAGCUGCUGCCUCCGCUGCCACAGGAAGACACUGCAGGGAGAAGCCCCUGCACGGCUGCCUGCUGUCCAGGACCCGCAGUCAGCACGCAGACUGUGUCCUCCACAGAGGGCGAGCUACUGAGGAGUGCCAGUCCAGCCUCACCAGGAAAACACCCGCUGCUGAAGAGGCAGACGCGGAUGGACUAUAGCUUUGAUACCAGCACUGAAGAUCCUUGGGUUAGAAUUUCCGACUGCAUCAAAAACUUAUUUAGCCCCAUCAUGAGUGAGGCCCAUAGCCAUAUGCCACUACAGGCCACCACCAGCCUGGGUGAAGAGGAUGGGACACAGGGCCGCCCAGAAGGGGUCCUGUCAAAAAUGGACACUCCCAAUGGAGCUCCCAGAGUUCACAAGUCAACAGAUGGCUGCAUUGUGAAGAAGGGGCCCCCAGUGGCCCCCAAGCCAGCCUGGUUUCGUCAGAGCUUGAAAGGUCUGAGGAAUCGUGUCCCAGACCCCAGAAGACUCCCGGAAGUAGCCUCAGCCACUCAGCCAGCACCUGUUUCUAGGGAGCCUUUGAGGUCACACUCACAGGUCUCCCCCUCCCCCUCCCCCUCCUCCUCCACCUCCUCCUCCAUCAGGCAGAGAAUCAGCUCCUUUGAAAACUUUGGCUCCUCACAACUGCCAGAGAGAGGAGUCCAGAGACUGAGCCUGCAACCCAGCUCUGGGGAGACCACCAAACUUCCAGGAAAGCAAGAUGGAGGACAGUUUUCUGGUCUCCCAGGGCGAGGGGCCGCAGGCGCUGCUAAGUACAGACCGAUAGAAAUGGAGCCUAUAGCCAUAGGCUUUCCUAACACCUCAGAGGUCAGGGACCCAGGUAUGUCUGAAUCUCCUCCCCCAGGUCAGCGACCCAGCCCAAAAGCUCUCUCCCCAGACCCUCUCCUGAGACUGCUGACUGCACAUACCGAGGACACCCAAGGUCCAGGCCUCAAGAUGCCAAGUCAGCGGGCACGGAGCUUCCCCCUGACCAGGACGCAGUCCUGUGAGUCGAAGCUGCUGGAUGAAAAGGCCAGUAAGCUUUACUCCAUCAGCAGCCAGUUAUCAUCAGCUGUCAUGAAGUCCCUGCUGUGCCUUCCGUCUUCAGUCUCCUGUGGCCAGAUCACCUGUGUCCCCAAGGAGAGGACGUCUCCAAAGCCACCUUCCAACAACAACACAGCUACGGAAGGUCUUGGUGAAGGCGUUGCCACGGACACAGGGUUUUCCCUCAACCUUUCAGAGCUGAGAGAAUACUCAGAGAGCUUCACCGAGCCCGGGGAAACUGAGGACAGGGACCACUGUUCUUCUCAGCCUGGCCAGUCAGUUAUCUCCCUGCUGAGCUCAGAAGAACUGAAAAACCUCAUCGAGGAAGUGAGAGUUCUAGAUGAGGCGACAUUGAAGCAACUAGACAGCAUUCAUGUCACCAUCUUACACAAGGAAGAAGGUGCUGGCCUUGGAUUCAGCUUGGCAGGAGGGGCAGAUCUAGAAAACAAGGUGAUCACGGUUCACAGAGUGUUUCCAAAUGGCCUGGCUUCCCAGGAAGGCACAAUUCAAAAAGGCAAUGAGGUUCUUUCCAUCAACGGCAAAUCUCUCAAGGGGGCCACCCACAAUGAUGCCCUGGCUAUCCUCCGCCAAGCUCGGGACCCAAGGCAAGCUGUGAUUGUCACCAGGAGAGCAACUGUGGAGGCCACUCCUGACCUGAACUCCUCUACCGACUCUGCAGCAUCAUCUUCAGCAGUCAGUGACACGUCUGGAGAUUCUAUGGAGGCCACUGUCUGCACAGUGACACUGGAGAAGACCUCUGCAGGGCUGGGCUUCAGCUUGGAGGGAGGAAAGGGCUCCCUUCAGGGAGACAAGCCUCUCACCAUCAACAGGAUUUUCAAAGGGACAGAACAGAGCGAGACGGUCCAGCCAGGAGAUGAAAUCUUGCAGCUGGCUGGCACUGCUGUGCAAGGUCUUACUCGGUUUGAAGCCUGGAAUGUCAUCAAGGCAUUGCCUGAUGGGCCUGUCACUGUCGUCAUCAGAAGGAAGGGCCUUCAAUGCAAGCAGAUGACAGCUUCUGGGGAUUCCUAGACAGGGUGCGGAUGUUACAACAAAGCAGGAGCACGAAGCUCCCAUCACUGCCGAUCCUCAGGGUCUCUGCUGCCCACCUCGCCCAGGCUGGGGAAAGCCCAGGUGUGCUUCUGGUAGCUGCUGCUCAGGUUUGGACUUUCUGGGACACUGCUCACCAAGAGGGUUGUUCUAAAUGCCAGGACAGACUCACACAGAGAUGGCUGAUACAAACCACAGACUGUAUAUAGACAGCUUAGUGAUACUAUUCUGGUGCCAAAAUAAAAUGGGUGUAUUGCAGUUUUCUAUGAAA